GAAGGCAAAGAGAGGAGUUUCGGAUCAUUUUAUCUCUGAUUCUAAGUGUCGCGUAGCCGAACCAAGGCCGAACCGCACAAGCAUUUGCGAAAAUUUAAUGAAAAGGAAUGACAGAAAAACUCUAUUCGUUGCUGGACACUUUUUGCUCGUGUGAACGCACAGAGCGACACCAAAAGAAUAUUUAGCGACAAAAGAGUCCCAUGUAAUCGUAGUAUUAGUAAUUUGCUGAAUCUGGCUACACUGUGUGAAUAUAUUAUUAUAUUAGCGGCAACGGUCUUAUGAUAUUCAUCAUUAUAUCUUUUAGUGUUUAAAUAUAGUAUUAAACAUGGAUAGCGAACUCCCAUUAAGCCGCAUUAGGACAAUUAUGAAGAGUUCCUUGAAUACUGGGCAAAUAACAAACGAAGUACUUUUCCUUAUGACUAAAUCUACAGAAAUGUUCAUACAAAAACUAACAGAGGAAGCUUAUGAUAGAGUGAAGGAUGAUAACACACUUAAAUAUAAACAUUUAUCACAAUAUGUACAAAAAGAGAAGAAUUUAGAAUUCUUGUUGCAAAUUGUUCCAGCCAAAAUUAAAGUGAAAGAUUUCAAAAAAAUACUGGAAUUAGGAGAUGGCAACUCGUCAUCAGAGAGUGAGGAUGAAAGUCAGAUCAAGUGAUUUUGCUGAAACUUUAUAUGGACUUAAAAUAUUUGUAUAUUUAAUUUAUAAAGGUAUAAUAAGGGACAGUGUCAUUUUAUAACUAAUACAUCUGCAUAUAUAUAAUUAUCUUUUAUACUCGGGAUGUUAUUCAAUUGUUUUCUUAAUUCUAUGCCUAUAUAACGUUCGUUCAAUUAUAGAAAAGUCACACGAAAUACUUGUUGCAGCGGCAGAAAACAUUCUUGAAAUAAAUUUGAAGAAUAUGCCAAAUAUA